AUCCAGUGCAGUAAAGUUUUUCUGGUUUGCCUGGAGUGUUCAAAAGAGAUAGUAAUACAUAGGAGUUAGAAAUAGCAAAAAUGAAAAUCGGUCUGACAUCGCUAUUAUAAGAACCACACAGUAUAGUUACAAAUCAUUGCAAUACUAGAUUUUGCUCUCCUAUAGUUUCAACAAUAGUGUUGGCAGCCAUCCCUACAUGUGUGUGCAUCUGUUAUGAGACAAACUAACUCUACGAGCGAAGGCAGCCCUCUGGUAUCAAGGAAUGGCUGUUGCAAGUACAGAGUGAGAUGGUUUUAUUCCAAAGGAGCAUUUCUCGUUCUGGUCUGGAUUAUGCUGUUGACUAUAGCCUGUAUAUCAGUGUCUCAUAUAUUUCGUAACGUCAAUUUUGUAAUUUCAAAAUGGCUAUUUGCUAUUCCUAUUGUGUUUUGUUUGUUGGGAGCUGUUUUCUCAGGAUGGCUAGCCAACGCUAAGCUGGGGAACUACAGCGUGAUGAAAUACAGUUUUGUACUGUUGUUUCUUACAACUUUGUUUUCUAGUGCCGUCACCCUAGUUCCUGGCAUUGCUCAUUACGUGUAUGUUGUGAGUGUCGUGUACUGCAUAGGCGGGAGUCUCUCUAUAGUAGCUGUGGUAGCAUGCUUUGUUACCUUAUUACAGCUUGGCCUGGAUCAGAUGCCUGAUGCUUCACCUUCCAAUAUCACUAGUUUUAUUGCCUGGUUUGUAUUCAGUAUCUAUGCUGGUGUUUGGAUCCCGAACGUUUCUAAUUUACCCAUUUCAUCUGGUACUUUGUGUAGUCAAAUGCCAUACUGGGUUGUCCAACUUUACAGUUUGCUGCCACCUUUGUGUAUGAGUGCUGUUCUUAUUCUUGAUUUUCUCCUAGCUAAGAAAUGGCUUAUAAUUGAGCCAAAGUCACCUCAGUCUCUAACAACCAUCUACCGUGUUCUCAAGUUUGCAGCCAAGCACAAGGCUCCCCUCAAUCGCAGUGCUCUCACAUAUUGGGAGGAAAACGUACCUUCGAGAAUGGACCUGGGAAAGUCAAGAUAUGGUGGACCAUUCACUACGGACCAAGUUGAAGAUGUGAAGACCAUCCUACGUUUGUUACCCCUCUGCUUAACACUAUGGCUUCUUGGGUGCUCACUUGCAAUAUUCCAUCCACCACAUGAAACAUUGUAUCUCCCCGAUAUGAACAGUUAUGUUUCAGAGCUUCUGGCCUUAAUCACAUACAACUCUUGGUGGUGUGGUAUGGUUUGGACUGUCUUUUAUGAAUUUAUUCUAUACCCUGUGAUUCGUAAUAGGCUUCCCAGCAUUCUUAGAAAAAUCGGAAUCAUUUCUUUCUUAAUCACGGCUCUCAAUAUUGUGCUUGUAAUUCUAGGACUAGUCCACUACUAUCACAGUGAUUUAAUGGAAGUUCAUUAUGUCAUUGUGAUAUUAUAUUCAGUUUCUCAAGGUUUGCUCACAAUGUUGCUUGCUAGUGCCAUGCUGCAGUUAGUUUGUGCUCAGGCUCCAUACAACAUGAGAGGAGUGUUUGGAGGGUGUAUAACAUUUGCGUUGAUGUCACCUUCGAUUAUCAGCCAUUCUUUUCCAUUGAAAUUCACAUUAAGAAUAUUAUAUGGGAUUAAAGCCGCUGUCAGUCUGCUUGGAUUCAUCGUGUACUGCCUCCUGGCUCGCUGGUACAAAAGGAGAGUUAGAGACGAGGACUACAAUGUACAAGCUGUUGUGGAGGAGGUGUAUGAUCGAUACUUGUCAGCUCAACAUUGACUAAAUUUUGUUCUGUUACGACUGCAUGAUACGUUUUAUCCUCUGUCUUUUUGUCGAUCAUACAUGUUCAGAACAAUUAUACGUAAAUGAGUGAACUAUAUACAUGUAGCAUUGUGUUUGGGUG